AGCUCCCUGUCCUCCCACAGGGAGAAGCGCUGGGUGACUGUGGGCGACACUUCCCUUCGUAUCUUCAAGUGGGUGCCAGUGGUGGACCCCCAAGAGGAGGAGCGAAGGCGGGCUGGUGGAGGGGCAGAAAGAUCCCGCGGCCGGGACCGCAGGGGGAGGGGAGCCAGUCCCCGUACAGGUGGCCCUCUCAUCCUACUGGAUCUCAAUGAUGAGAACAGCAACCAGAGUUUCCAUUCUGAAGGUUCCCUCCAAAAGGGCACGGAGCCCAGCCCUGGUGGCACCCCUCAGCCCAGCCGCCCUGUUUCACCUGCUGGACCUGCAGAAGGGGUCACAGAGGAAACUCAACCCCCACGACUGGGCCAAGAGAGAGAUCCCGGGGGCACACCUGCAGGCAGCACUGAUGAACCCCCAAUGCUGACCAAGGAGGAGCCUGUUCCAGAAUUGCUGGAAGCUGAGGCCCCCGAAGCUUACCCCGUCUUUGAGCCAGUGCCACCUGUCCCUGAGGCAGCCCAGGGUGACACAGAGGACUCGGAGGGCGCCCCCCCACUCAAGCGCAUCUGCCCAAAUGCCCCUGACCCCUGAGAAGCCGGCCUGCCUGUCCUGUUGUCCCAGGGGCCCCUUUGGCUUUUUACAAAUAAAGACCCUUUUGUAA